UAGAAAGCAAUGUGUUACGUUAAUUUGUCUAUUCUGCAAGACUUCUUAAUUGUAUACAUAAGCUUGUAAAAAUUAGAUCAAAUAUUUUACCCGAGUAAGCUUGGGUCCCAUAAAAAUGGGCAACAUGGUUGUUAGAACUUGGGAUAAUUUUUGGGAACCAGAGCUUCAGCCUGUCCCCUAUGGACCAACGACGUUCGACCCGAAUUUUGGAUUUAACGGUGAACGGAAGGAAAGAGUUAUGAUUGCAACAGAACAGGAAUUAAGAGCAGCUAAAAUUCCAAAAGAAAAAUGGGACUAUUGUGCACACUUAUUACUAGAAGUUGAGAGAUGUAGAGCGGACAACUUUCCCUUUGUAUGGAAUUGUAAGCCACAAGCUCACGAUGUUAGCAAUUGCUAUUAUGAUGACUAUGUAUUAAGAAUGAAAGAGUUCGAGAGGGAACGCCGACUGCGUCAUAGAGCUGCUCGUCUUGCUGAGAAAGCUCAAGCAGCUUAAAAUUUAAUAAUGCAUAGAUUUAUAAUACUUAUGAGAAGAUUAUUCCUAAUUUAAUUUAGAAAAAAUAAAAGAUAGGGUUGAAUAAUCACCUGUCACUGUAAAUAAAUCCAAAAUCUCUAAUAAUUAAUAAUAAUCAGUGAAAUGAUCAGUCAGUUAAAAGGAUUGAUAAGCAUGCAGCCACUUUA